AUGCUCUUUGCAAGCCGCCAAGGUAUUCCAGUACCACAGGUUUACUUCUUUGACUCGUCUGUGAAGAACGGUUAUGGCAUUGAAUUCACGAUUCAGGAGUUUGUCCAGGGUGAGAGGCUUGACACUAACCAAGCCCUUAUCUCAGAAGCCGUAGAGUGCUGGCAUCGACUGUGGAACAGCAGUAACUUCACUCAAUCUGGAAGUCUUUACUGGCAUUGGAAUAGCCAGCCUUUCUUCGUAGGCCCUAUGGUAGACCAAGAGUUCUUUGCUCCCCGUGUGGAGAAGGUGAGCCACGAACUUCCACAAUUCGGCCCUUCCUCGGACUCGCCAAGCUACGUUGAGGUUCUCUUCAAUACUAGAAGGCAAAGGGAUUGGACUAAAUGUCACCAAGGCUCUCAGAUCAUGUCUUCACUUUCAGGUUGCCCAGUUGAUGCCAACAGAUUUCUAGCGAGGUUUGCUGAGAUCGAGGCCAUGGCUGGUUCUGUAUCUGCUCUGAUCUUCAAGUCAAGAAUGAUUCAUUGGGAUAUGCAUGAGCGUAAUGUCCUGGUUAAAUCUGACGGUGAAAAGAUUGCUGCGGUGAUCAACUGGGAUGCUGUGGUUAUAGAGCCUGCCGGUUUAUGCCGCUCUAUUGGUCACGCCUGUGUCCUUGACCACAUGUCGUCUUGGGAGUAG